UUCCGGAAUCUUUGUUCCUCAUGUGACUUUUUAUUGUAAAACAACAGCAGCUUCUUCUAGUGUUUGUCCUGCCGGGAAAAAACCUUUUGCUUAUUUGUUUCAGUUCCGCUAAGAAGGCUCGCCAUGACUCACUGACACCGACACAACCAACCGGGUCCCCCCCCCCCCCGACGCCUGACAUGCCGCUGCCCAAUGGCUGCUCCAUCAACAACAACGCUUCGGACGAGAGCGAUGACACCGAGGUUCUCCUCACGAAGGAUGCCGUUCCUCCUCAGUGCUGCUCGGCGCGCCUCAACCUCGCCGUCCUCAUGUUCUUUGGCUUUUCCGUGGUCUACGGUCUCCGUGUCAACCUCAGCGUCGCCAUGGUAGCCAUGGUGAACAGCACGGACCUGGCAGGAGACAGGAACGCCACGGCGAGCCCGGCGUGCCCGCUGCCGUCGGGCGGAGACAACGCCAGCAGAGCUCUGCAGCAGCCGGACGGGACCCCCCAGUAUUCCUGGGACUCGCAGACUCAGGGCUGGCUGCUGGGCUCCUUCUUCUUCGGGUACCUGUGCACUCAGAUCCCGGGGGGUUACCUGGCCGGCCACUACGGGGGGAAGAUCUUCCUCGGUCUGGGUGUCUUCGGCACGGCGCUCCUCACCCUCCUCACCCCAUUGGCUGCCGGCUUGGGAUCACACUGGCUGUUUGCUCUGCGGGCCUUGGAGGGCUUCGGAGAAGGUGUGACGUUCCCGGCCAUGAUGGCCAUGUGGGCCCGGUGGGCUCCUCCCCUGGAGCGCUCCCGCCUGAUGAGCCUCCCCGGAGCCGGGGCCAGCUUCGGCUCCGUCGUGGCCCUGCCGCUCACCGGAUACAUCUGUGAAAAACUGGGCUGGCCCGCCGUCUUCUACCUCUGUGGAGGCGCCGGAUGCCUGUGGUUCGUGUUCUGGUGGGCUCUGGUGUCCGACGACCCCCGAACUCACCGUCGAAUCAGCCCAGAGGAGAGAGAUUACAUCGUCAGCUCUAUCGGAGCGCAGGGCAAAGGUCACGGCUGGUCGCUGCCUCUCCUGUCCAUGCUGACGUCCGUCCCGCUGUGGACCAUCAUCAUCACCCAGAUGUGCUCCAACUGGUCCUUCUACACGCUGCUCACCUCCCUGCCCACCUACAUGAACGACAUCCUGCACUUCGACCUGCAGUCGAACGGCUUCCUGUCGGCGCUGCCGUACCUCGGCAGCAUACCCGCCUCGCUGCUGUCCGCCGUGGCUGCUGAUUGGCUCAUCGAGAGGAAGGUGUUCAGCAUCACCAACGUGCGCAAGAUCUUCACCUUCACAGGCUUGGUGCUGCCGUCGGUUUUCCUCAUCGCCGUCUGUUACGUCGGCUGCAGCCACAUCCUCACCGUUACAUUCCUCACCCUCUCCACCAGUUUAGGAGGGACCAGCUCCCCCGGAGUCUACAUCAACCAGAUCGACAUCGCUCCUCGAUACGCAGGAUUCCUUCUGGGAAUCACCAACACAUUUGGGACCAUCCCGGGUGUCGUGGCACCAAUCGUGACGGGAUAUUUUACAGAAGAUCACACCCUGGAAGGCUGGAGGAAGGUGUUCUGGGUCGCCGCCGGGAUCAAUUUAGGAGGCGCCGUCAUCUAUAUGAUAUUCGGAAGCGGAGAGAUCCAGGCGUGGGCCAUCCAGGAGGAGGAGGAGGAGGAGGAGGAGAGAAGGACCUGAGAGGAAGAGCAAUAGGUCUGUGUUGAAGCCAAACCAAAGAGAGGAAGCCAGCAGGGAGAGGAGCAGUUGAGACUGACCUCAUGUUCGGUUAUUUACUGCUUCGUUUACAUCAUUAGGAGCAAAUAUCAGCAUUUAUUUUACUGGAAACACAUAAAAACUGCAUCUUUUCCUUCCGUUGUAUUUCAAAAUGUUUACAUGACCUCAGAAAGUCUUA